AUGCAGAUCUUCGUCAAGACCCUCACUGGCAAGACCAUCAUGCUUGAGGUUGAGUCUUCUGACACGAUCGACAACGUGAAGGCCAAGAUCCAGGACAAGGAGGGCAUCCCCCCGGACCAGCAGCGUCUCAUCUUUGCUGGCAAGCAGCUUGAGGAUGGCCAUACCCUUGCUGACUACAACAUCCAGAAGGAGUCGACACUCCACCUUGUGCUCAGGCUCAGGGGUGGUAUGCAGAUCUUUGUCAAGACCCUGACUGGCAAGACCAUCACGCUUGAGGUUGAGUCCUCGGACACCAUUGACAAUGUCAAGGCCAAGAUUAAGGACAAGGAGGGCAUCCCCCCAGACCAGCAGCGUCUCAUCUUUGCCGGGAAACAGCUCGAGGAUGGUCGCACCCUUGCUGACGACAACAUCCAGAAGGAAUCGACCCUUCACCUUGUGCUCAGGCUCAGGGGUGGUAUGCAAAUCUUUGUGAAGACCCUCACUGGCAAGACCAUCACUCUGGAGAGUCCUCGGACACCAUUGACAAUGUGA